AUGUCAGCUGAGAAAAAGAAAAGCGCACUUUCUCCAUCAAAUGCUCCACAGCAUAAAAAUCAUGUAAAAUUUGGCGCCGAUGUUAAAACAGAUCCAAAACCACCAAAAGCGCUUUCACCUGCACCACCUCCGCAUGAGGUGACUGCUCCUCCUCCAUCAAUACCAGGUGCUAUCAAGGAUGAAGUGGAACUACUACGAGCUGGCAACGUCAACAAGCAUGGAGAACGUUUGAAAACUGGGUCCGCAGAAAAAUGA